CGCCAAGGCUGGACUCGAGUCGCUCUCGAGAUUCGGCGGAAGAGCCCCAGGGUGUGCGAAGUCCUAAGAAAAAAAAAGUGUAGAAACCUGUAACAACAGUUCAAAUUUCUCAGUUUUCCAAGGAAAAAAGUGAGAAAUCAGUGAAAAUGUUGGGUGAACCAUCUCUGCCAAUGGCCCUCUCGUGGGGAUCAGGGCCGGUGAGCAACAUGACCGUUGUGGACAAAGUUUUGCCGGAUAUGCUGCAUCUGGUUGACGCCCACUGGUACCAGUUCCCGCCGAUGAACCCGCUGUGGCAUUCUAUCCUUGGAUUCGCCAUCUUCGUGCUGGGAUGCGUCUCGGUUAUCGGCAACGGAUGUGUCGUCUCGAUCUUCACGGGCACCAAAUCGCUGCGUACUCCGUCCAACAUGCUGGUGAUCAACCUGGCCUUCUCCGACUUCCUGAUGAUGUUCACGAUGGCCCCGCCAAUGGUGAUGAGCUGCUAUCACGAGACUUGGGUGUUUGGACCGUUGAUGUGCCAGGUUUACGCCAUGUUGGGAUCGCUGUUUGGCUGCGUGUCGAUCUGGAGUAUGACCAUGAUCGCCUUCGAUCGUUACAACGUGAUCGUGAAAGGCCUGUCCGCUACACCGAUGACCUUCAACAAUGCGCUGCUCAAGAUCGCCUUCAUUUGGGCUAACGCACUGAUCUGGACCCUGGCUCCGAUGUUCGGAUGGAACCGAUACGUCCCCGAGGGCAACAUGACCGCCUGUGGAACUGACUAUCUUACCCAAGAUAUUGUCAGCACUUCCUACAUUAUGGUGUACUCGCUGUUUGUCUACUGGUUACCUCUGUUGAUGAUCAUCUACUCUUACACGUUCAUCCUGAAGGCUGUCGCUGACCACGAGAAGAACAUGCGCGAGCAGGCCAAGAAGAUGAACGUGGCUUCGCUGCGAUCGUCGGAUGCCGCCAAGCAGAGUGCCGAAAUAAGACUGGCCAAGGUCGCGCUGGUGACCAUUUCGCUGUGGUUCCUGGCCUGGACGCCGUACCUGGUCAUCAACUAUACCGGUAUCUUCAAGGCGGCCCCGAUCAGCCCACUGGCCACCAUCUGGGGAUCGCUGUUCGCCAAGGCCAACGCCGUCUACAACCCGAUCGUGUACGGAAUCAGCCAUCCGAAGUACCGUGCGGCGCUGUACAAGAAGUACCCGUCUCUGGCCUGCUCAACUGACUCUGUCAGCGACGAUCAGUCCGUGGCCUCCGGAGCUACUGUCGCAUCGGACAACAACAACGCUUAAGCUUAUCGCAAUCGGGAAAUGAAGACUAGACUCAUGCAUGUUUUACCUUAGCAAACCAUCGGGACACAAACCCAUCCCAAGUUUUGCAGUUCGAUGCCACUAUUGACAGUGCAUUACUUGCCAAUUUGUGUCCUUGUUCCUCUUUUAUGAUGAUCUCCUGAUGUGACAGUAGUUGAGUAGUGAUAGCAAUAAAAUAGAUAUUUAUUACCAAAACAGCAAA